AGAUCUAUUUAUAAUUAUAAUUUGUAAUUAUUAUAUUUUUAGUCUAGAUAAUAAUGGGUGCCGACCAGAGUAAAACAGGGGGAGGUGACAUUGUGGUUGUAAACAAAGAUCCAUCAUGUAAUGACAAAAGUAAGGAACCUAUCAAGAGGACAGUUACAAAAUUGCAGCCUUUACUACAGCACAGUGCGAGCUUUGGAAUCUUGGCCUCCGAUCAUGCUGCUCUCAGACAGCUUAACCCCCGACAUUUGAUAGAGCUGUUUACUGUGUACGAAGAACAUUUAAGACAAAGCUCAGUUGUGGUAUCUGAAGAGCAAAACCAACUCUCAAGAAGUAUCAAACAAGCUGACCAGUCAGUUGCUCUAAUUCUUGCUAUAACAGAGAAAAAGCACAACGUGUAUAACGUGUGGAGUAACAACAUACAGAGCUCAGUUAAGGAGAUAAAUCAGCAGCUAGCUCAUAUAAACACACUGGUGGACGGUUUAGUGCCUCUGGUUAACGAACUUAAUGAAACCCUCCCAGUUGACGAGCGGUUACCAACCUUUACCCAGUCAGACAACAUUUCCUAGCAUCUAGUUAUCAGCCUUUCAGCCAGUUCUUUUCAGAGUUCUAGGCUCUAGCCUCAAAUUCUCAACCUCUACAAGUAUCUAUUUUCAACCCUCUUGUAGGCUCUUAUUAUUCAUCUCUUCAUAUCAACCAGUUCACAAUCUCUUCCUAUCAACUAGUAAUAAACCUGCUCGAGAUCAGUUAUACUUCUAUAUUGCCUACUGUUAGUGUUUACUUUACUCUCGUUUCCAUUUUUACCUAUGUCAAAGCUAUUUUCGUAUAUAUACGUUUAUAUAUGUUUAUAAACAUUAUUUCGGGGGUCUAUCUGAACAAGUGCUCCUUACUCUGGCCGUAAUGUUCCUCUAAGUUUACCUUUGUUAGAUAAAAUAUUUUGAAUUUUAAAUUGAUGUAUUAAUCAUGAUGAAACACCAGAUGAUUAGUUUUUUACCUAUGUUUUUAUCAGAGAAUUUCCAAAUUGAAAGUUCUUUAUAAUUAUUUUUACGUAUUUGGUAAAAUUUUCAAACUCAUUUUCGAGUCAUGAAAAUGUUUUUAAGAUUCGUGCAAAUGACUUUCGUAACAUUAUGUGUUUGAAGGGCAUACUGACCCUAUUGCCCUGUGUAAUUAAGUUGUUGUGUUAAAUAAUAUGAUCUCAGCAUGAAAUUUGUGCAAUUAUUUGUGUCAGAUAAUUUAAAGGUUCUGAUAAUUGUUAUAAUUUUCAAAGAAUGGAAUUGCAAAUGAAAGGUCUUGCUUCUGAGUCCGUCAACAAUAUAAGGCUUAUGUUUUCGUGACUGGACAUUUUGUUUUUGUAAGAUUUAAGAUGUUUUUUAAUGAGAUUUUUCAUAGAAACACAAUUUGGAUUAAAUGUAACACUUUACAUUAAGUUAUCAACUUG